GUAGAUAGUCCCUACGACCAUUACCAUAUCAGGCGAUGGUCUUCAGUGGACACCUAUAAAUGAUGAGACAGAACGAGCAGUGAACACUUUGAAGUCAGCCGGACAUUUGGACAGACAUCAAAGCCAACCACACUCAGCUCAGUCAAAAUGUCCAUCACAAAAAUCCAUGCCCGUGAGAUCCUCGAUUCCAGAGGAAACCCGACCGUGGAGGUAGAUCUCUUCACAGCCAAAGGCCGCUUCAGGGCUGCUGUGCCCAGUGGUGCCUCCACAGGGGUCCAUGAGGCUCUGGAGCUGAGAGAUGGCGACAAGGCUCGUUACCUGGGCAAAGGUACAAUGAAAGCUGUUGAACAUGUCAACAAGGAUAUUGCCCCAAAGCUUAUUGAGAAGAAGCUGAGUGUGGUUGAGCAGGAGAAGAUUGACCAUUUUAUGCUGGAGCUGGAUGCAACUGAGAACAAGUCCAAGUUUGGUGCCAACGCCAUCCUGGGCGUUUCUCUGGCUGUGUGCAAGGCUGGUGCUGCAGAGAAGGGUGUGCCUCUGUACCGCCACAUCGCUGACCUUGCUGGGCACAAAGAUGUGAUCCUGCCCGUGCCUGCCUUCAAUGUCAUUAAUGGUGGAUCCCACGCUGGGAACAAGCUGGCCAUGCAGGAGUUCAUGAUUCUGCCCGUCGGCGCCGCCAACUUCCACGAGGCCAUGCGCAUUGGUGCUGAGGUCUACCACAACCUGAAGAGCGUCAUCAAGGGGAAAUAUGGCAAAGACGCCACCAAUGUGGGAGAUGAGGGUGGCUUUGCUCCCAACAUCCUGGAGAACAAUGAGGCCCUGGAGCUGUUGAAGUCUGCCAUCGAGAAGGCCGGAUAUUCCGACAAGAUCAUCAUUGGCAUGGAUGUUGCUGCUUCUGAGUUCUACAGAAAUGGCAAAUACGACUUGGACUUCAAGUCCCCCGAUGACCCUGCCCGCCACAUCACAGGGGAGAAGUUGGGAGACUUGUACAAGAGUUUCAUCAAGAAUUAUCCAGUGCAGUCCAUCGAGGACCCCUUUGACCAGGAUGACUGGGAACACUGGGCCCAGUUCACAGCCGCCGUGGACAUCCAGGUGGUGGGAGACGACUUGACUGUGACCAACCCCAAGCGUAUUCAGCAGGCUGUGGAGAAGAAGGCCUGCAACUGCCUGUUGCUCAAGGUCAACCAGAUUGGCUCUGUCACAGAAUCCAUCAAGGCGUGCAAGCUGGCCCAGUCCAAUGGCUGGGGAGUAAUGGUCAGCCACCGUUCCGGAGAGACAGAGGAUACAUUCAUCGCUGAUCUGGUCGUUGGAUUGUGCACUGGACAGAUCAAGACUGGUGCACCCUGCAGGUCAGAGCGUCUGGCCAAAUACAACCAGAUGAUGAGAAUUGAGGAGGAGCUCGGAGACAAAGCCAAGUUCGCUGGAAAAGAUUUCCGUCAUCCCAAGGUCAAUUAAACAACUGACGCCUUCUCCCCAGUUCUCCUCAUCUACAAUGGCUGUCCACCUCCUUCCUCCAUUUCUCACAGACCCCCACGUCAUUAAAAGAGACAGGGGAUAGAGAACAAGGGGGACAAGGAAGGUCAAGAAAUUAGCCAGCGCUGUCUGAUUUGAAGAAAUUCCAUUUUUUAUCUUCAAUCCUCGUUGCCUUGAGUGCCAGAGGUACUUUGGACGUAACACAAAAUAAAAAAUAAAAAAACAUCCUUGUUCAUA